UAUUUUUAGAGAAACGCUUAUCACAUCACGAACACAUUAUAGAGGGCCUUGUUGGUAUAAUAGAGUCACAGAAAGGAAUACAUCGCCUUUUGCAUCCUGAUAUCACUAAUGAAAGUGCUAAUGAGGCCUCACGUCCUGCAGAUUACCAUUCUAAACAGAUGAAAGAGUCGACGGAUGCUUUGAGACAAAUACUUAAACCGUAUGAACCUCUCGAAAAAGCACUUAAAGAUUCGUUCACAGAUGUAUGUGGUGCAAUCAAUGGUUGUCUUGAGCAAUUUGGUAAAAAGGAUUUGUUCACUUAUAUUCAACAUGAAACACACGUCACUGGAAAACAUGUAGAUAUUAGGAAAGACGAAAAAAGAAAUAUUGAAGACAAAGUGAAACGCCCACAGCAAAUGGUAUACGAGAAUGAUCAACAAAAUAGUAAGCUAAAGCGUGAAAUCCAACAACACAGACCAAUAAACGCAAAAGCUCCUCUCCAGUUAUUUCAUAAACAUGAAGGUAACACGAUUAAAGAGAUAGAGGAAGGUAUUAAAACUAUACUGGUUAAUAAGUUAGGAGCUAUUGACUUCACAAACUGCCAAAAGACAAGCGACAUUGAUGAUGGCAAGUUACUGAUUGUACCGUGUAUCGUCACAUCCAGAGUAGCUGCCGACGCACAGAAUGCUAUAAAGGAUAUUUCAUCUCCAAUGUAUCUGAGUCAUCCACUGAUGACUCCUUUCCGUGUCCGUGGAUAAUGCAUCUUUUGUAGAUGAGCCAUCCAUGAAGGAUGCAUAUUCGCCUAUGAACCAUCUACAGAUGACGCACUUCCAGUAGUAUUUCAGUUAGAAAUUUGUUUUGGUUGUAUUGUUAAAUGCAUUCUUGUUCAGGUUCAGCAAUAUGGUUUUGGUAUUUUUCGAGCACAAUGCGAAAUGAUCGUAAAUCAUUAGGUACUGUACUGUGUUUGCAUUUUAGACAAGAAAUAAGCAGAAAAUAUUUAUUCAAAGUCGGCAGCGAAAAGUGAAAUAGAUGCGUUUAUUAAACAGGUGAAUUGAAACAAAUGUAUUUUGCUUGCUUAUACCUUAUUGCACACGAUAUUUCCAUCCUGAUAAAAAGUAAUUUUAACAAA